AUGAGCACGACGUCGGCUCCAUUACAUGCUUCGUCCUACUCUUCCGGAACAACCGGAGAAGGAGGCGGAGCUCAACAAGCUCUUCAGCUGCAACAUUGUGCCUAUCAUAUCGGAGCAUCGGUUGGCAGCAGUGGUUCAGGACUGAACAAUCAUUCAAUUAAUGUCCCUAAUAACAAUAAUCCAAUGGGAAUGUCUCCAGCUGGUACUUCAUCAGGAAGCAACUUGACCAAUGGUCAGCAGAGGUCAACUCGAGGAGCAUCGAAACUACGAAGGGAUCAAAUCAAUGCGGAAAUUCAGAAAAUUCGAGACCUCCUUCCGCUUUCGGAUCUUAUCAAAGAUCGACUUUUCCAAUUGCAAGUACUGUCACUGGGAUGCAUAUUCAUUAGGAAACAUCGAUAUCAACAAACGAUUCUCCAACCUCAGAUGCAGUCGAUGCAGAUGCAAUUGACACCUCCGAUGCCACGUGGAAUUGAUAUCUGUAAAGCACUUCGAGGUUUCAUGUUGAUGAUCACCAGAAGUGGAAAGAUUCUUCAUGUAUCGGACAACGCCAGCGAGUAUUUGGGACAUUCUGUAGAAGAGAUAAUGUGUCAGGGAGAUACGAUUUAUGAUUUGGUGGAUUUGAAAGAUCAUGGUGCUGUUCAAGCAGAAUUGGCGAGUGGACCGCCUGGCGCAGCCAGUUUUCCAGAAGAGCGAGUAUUCAUCUGUAGGCUCAAUUUGGCGAGAACAGCGAAAAGGCAAUUACACUACCACAAGUUUGUUAUGUUUCAAGGACGUUACAUUCAACCUGCGGAAUUCUACCAACAACUAAAUGCUCAAAAUUCGCAACCAGAUUGUGAUCAACCAGUUUUCUCAGCCUACUGUCAGCCUCUUAUCAACCCAGAGAAUGCUGAAGGAAUGUCAACAGGGAAUACACAUGUAUUUUGUACUCAACAUUUUUUGGAUAUGAAAUUCAAAGAUUCUGAUUUGAUGGCAACUCAUCAUUUGGGUUAUUCGAAAGAGCAAUUAAAAGGAAUGUCUUGGUACGGAAUGAUUCAUCCAAAUCAUGUUCCUGAGAUUGCUCAUAAGCAUCGAUUAUUGUGUCAAGAAAAGGAAGGAUCUGUACUGGCCUUGAUCAGAAUACAAUCAGCAAGUGGAGAAUGGAUUUGGUUGCAUACAGUAUUUUCAAUCCGGCCUAACAACGAACUCAAUAGCGAUGGAAAACGGCUUCGUCAUGUGAUUCAUUGCUUUCAUCAGAAAUUAACUGACCUGGAAGCUGCAACUCUCCAAGCCAACGCCUGGAUCUACAGUAUGCGGCAUACCUAUCCUACCGUAUUCUCUUGCCAAGAUUCUCCUCCACCAACCGAAGAACAACAACAACCAUCGAGUCCUCAAUCUCCAUUACAACCACUGAAGAUUUCCGACUAUGGACUUCAACCAAAUAAAAGUGGAGAUUCCUAUGCGUCCAAUCAACUCUCAAAUUCCAUUUUUCACUCCGGAAUCUUCAUCUCCGGAAAGCUCUCGUCUCUUCAUAUCUCUCUACUCUCUCAUCAAACUGCAUUCCCAUUGGAUAAUCUUGAAGAUAUUCUUCCUUCAAAUGAUGUACUUCCCGAGUUGAAAGACGAGGUAGAUGAGAUCCUUCGACAAGUUGAACAGUCUCCAACUCCUCCUCAUUCGAUUCCCGCAAAUGUGAAUCUGGGUCAUCGACAUUCUAUGCCAAAUGCAUUCGACUCUGCUGAACUUUACAAGUAUUUGGGACCCGCUCUUUUCGAUGGAGAUUUCCAUGGAAAUCCUCAUCAUUCUCAAUUGCACCACCAACCUCAACCUCCACCACUACAUCAUCUUCAUCAUAAUAUUCAAAUGAAUCAAAUGCAGACAACUCCUCCUAUGUCAUGCCCUCCUGUGAAUUAUAACAAUCACUCGAACUUCAUAUUCCAUCAUCAACAUCUCCAUCAACAUUUUCAUCAUUCCCAACCUUCCCUUCCUCACCAAUUUGACUAUUACAACCGAAAAAGAAGUUGGGCUGUAUAA